AUUCUCAAACACAAAACAUCAGACUUGAAACACUUUUUUCAUAUACAAGCUACUUGAGAUCAUUCUAUAGUUGUGUGAGUGGAGCAACAAAGAAGAAACAAUGGGAUUUCGCUUACCUGGUAUUAGAAAAUCUACACAAGCAGCUUCAAAGGGUGGAGAAGUCUCAAAGGGGCAUCUUGCAGUUUAUGUUGGAGAAAAGAUGAAGAGGUUCAUAGUUCCAAUAUCAUAUUUGAACCAACCAUCAUUUCAAGACUUGCUGAAUAAAGCAGAAGAAGAAUUUGGUUAUGUUCAUCCAAUGGGUGGCCUCACAAUUCCUUGCACAGAAGAUGUGUUCUUAGAUAUCAUAUCAUUUUUUGCUUGAAUCACUCAUUCAUCAGAAAAAAGAGGCUGACAUAGCAUAGAUUAGCUCAACUCAAACAAUUUUGUAGUAUCAUAAUACAUUGAGUGUAUAUCUUGUUUUUCCCUUUGCUUUCUCGCAAAAGUGGAACAUCAUAAUUAUUGUGACUGAUUAAUGCAUAAAAAUUUUGUUAUAACUUCAUUGUAUUUUUCUU